AUGAGUGAAGAUCCCAAUCCUCCAGGCCUCGAAGCCAGUGGGGAGAGAACUGCUCCGCAGGUGAAUAUCGACCCUGCCAGUAUUGAAUAUCAAGACUCCAACCAAAAGGCACAGUUUCCUCCCCUCGGGCAGGUUAUUAUCAUUGUUCUGGCAAUCUACCUGGCUGCCUUUCUGGUAGCACUUGAUCAGACUAUCAUCGGAGUAGCUAUUCCAAAGAUUACCGACCGAUUCAAGAGCAUUCCAGAUAUUGCCUGGUAUGGCAGCGCUUACUUUUUGACUUCAACCGCUCUACAGCCGUCAUAUGGCAGAAUAUAUAAGAUUCUCAAUGUAAGUCUCCCCACUGCCAGUCAAAAGUUCAUGCUCUUGAAAUCCUCUCCUUGCUUUUGUCCACCAUCAAAAGACCCUUCUGACCUGUCUCAGGUGAAAUGGUCAUUCUUAGUGGCUGUCGGCAUCUUUGAAAUCGGAUCACUGAUUUGCGGUGUUGCGCCUUCCAGCACAGUCUUGAUCAUCGGUCGUGCAAUAGCAGGAAUCGGAGUUGCAGGGAUCUUUUCCGGCGCUUUGGUAAUCAUCUCCAUGACUGUGCCUCUGCCAAAGAGGCCGCUAGUUUUUGGUGUCUAUGGCGUUGUUUGGGGUGUUUCUUCAAUCGUCGGUCCCCUGCUUGGUGGAGCGUUUACUGAUGGUCAGUCUUGGAGAUGGUGUUUCUAUAUCAACCUCCCAGUGGGCGGAAUUUCUAUGGUGGUUGUUCUGCUGGUCCUUCGCCUACCGAGCAACAAUCAGCAUAGGAAGCUAUCAUUUUCUCGAAUUGCUCAAGAACUUGACGUGAUCGGUGCGAGCUUACUCAUACCGGCUGUCGUAUGCUUGAUUCUCGCAUUGCAAUGGGGCGGAAAUGCCUAUGCCUGGGGCAGCUCUCAAAUCAUUGGACUUUUUGUUGGGUUUGGACUGUUUAUUCUUCUUUUUGCCGUGUCCCAGAUCUACAUUAGUCGGCAAGACGAGAAAGUUGCGCCUAGUAAGAAGAGCACAACUGCAACUUUGCCGCCCUCAAUCCUCAAGAAACGCACCAUCUGGUCUGCUGGACUUUUUGCAUUCUUCUUCAGCGGCGGCUUCUUCCUUCUGGUCUACUAUGUUCCCAUCUACUUCCAAAGCGUCAGAGGAUCAACUGCAAUGACUGCUGGACUUCAGAUUCUGCCGUUCAUGCUUGCCACCGUGGUCUCAUCUAUCAUAGUUGGUGCUUUGGUGACAGCAGCCGGUUAUUAUACACCAUUCUUGAUUGGGAGCACUGCUAUUGCUGCUAUCGGAUCGGGUCUGAUCACCUUAUACGAUGUUGAUAUUUCUACGGCGAAAUGGAUCGGCUACCAGAUUGUUGUCGGUGCAGGAAUUGGUGCGGGUCUUCAGAUCCCAAUGACAGCUGUGCAGACGGUAUUGAAGCCCGAGGAUAUUCCAGUGGGAACUGCCGCAGUUAUGUUCCUGCAGACUUUGGGUGGCGCCAUAUUUAUCGCGGUGGGCCAGUCUGUGUUCCAGAAUGGCUUGCAAGCAGGUAUCUACGUAUACGCUCCCGAAGUCGACCCGAGUGUCAUCCUCAACGCAGGAGCUACCGAGAUGAGACACGUCUUGGCAAGUUUGGGCCAGCUCGAUCAGCUGGAUGGAGUGAUCAAGGCGUACAUGAGUGGAUUGCGAGACACUUACCGCGUCAGCCUGGCUUUAAUGCUGGCUGCCUUUGUGACAACUUUGUUUGUGGAGUGGAAGAGUGUCAAGAAAAGCGAUGGACCAUCAAAUGACGAUACAACUGUCGUUGCCCCGUGA